GUUCACAUACUUUUUUUUCAAUUCGCGGGGAACUUGAUUUGUGUAGGGUUCUAACAGAGUAUAUUAUACAAUCAUAAAGAAUGUCAAAUGAAAGAAUUCAAAGUUCUCAGCAGUGGAUCCAAUGAGUUUCAGGGUUCUAUGUUUUUGCAAGAAUUAUUCCAAUUUAAAUACAUUCAGACGGAAUAGAAACUGUUUGAUUACAGGCUUGUUCAUAAAAAAGAUAAUAGCACUAAAUGCUAUGCAUGAGCCUUAUUUUAUAUUCAUGAGAUGCAACAAGAAUGAAGAAAUAAAUUUCCACGGAUGGCAACAAUGACAUGUGACGAGGAUACAAUUGCGCGAAUCAUGCACGCAAAUUAUAUGGAUAUCUCGGUGUACUUUUUGAUUACCAUUUCUGCUGUGGUUAUUUUUAUGGGAACAAAAAUUGUGUCCAGCAAAAUUCGCAGAGACAUGGCACAAUCAACAGUGAUAAUAAUAGGAGCUGGUCCUAUAGGUUUGACUUCAGCACUUAUAGCUGUUCAGUGUACUCGUGUAAAAAAACUAGUGCUGUAUGAGGAACAUACAAAAUCCAACGUUGAAAAAAGAAUGUAUCAGAUAACCAUACAAUCCCAAUAUGUGUCAUUUCUUAGAAGUUAUGGGGUUGAUUUUGACAACUUAGAAGGUUUAUGGAAAGAUGGAUGCUUUUACACACGGGCUGGAAUAUACCUCGAAUAUAUAUUACACAUUUUACCACUUUAUGCGACUGACAUCGAAAUGAAAUUUGGCACAAAGUUUUGUCGUGACAGCAGUGACAUAGUUGAUCAAAUAUCUGGACGUAAGUUGGUAAUAUGUUGCGACGGAUCUUCAGGACUUGCACCAAUUACUUUAGGACUUAGUGAUGAAUGUAUAAUUCAUCCAAGUGGAAUAUUCGGAGCUGUUGCAUCUUUAGAACGUAACAAUAAAACACUAGUACCAGCACCUGAAAAACGUGUUCAUAAUCUUUCCUUCGAUAUAUCGGCGUACAAUCCUUCUGCCUUUGAGGACAAUGGAGGUUCACCGUUUACUUUGAAGGUUUUUGGAAACACAAAAUAUAGACAUUUAGCCUUAGCAAUUAACAAAUGUGAUUCAAAUGUUUUCAGGGUUUUAAGAACAGUAUUAGAUAAAUCGAUGAUGAGAAAUAUAUUUCUGAAAUGUUUCAAUACUUACAAACUGUCAGACGAAGCGAGUAUAAGUGACUCAUAUUGCCUCAACAACAUGAAGUUUAGUCCAAGAUUGUAUGAAAUUAAACUGUCACAGAAGAUCGAAAAUGUUGUUUACAUAGAAGACUGUGAUCUCUUUAUCAUAACAGAGGGCGAUGCUUCAAGAUCAUGUAACUUUAAUACAGGAUUGGAACUCAACAUUGGCUUGCAAGGUUUAACAACGCUAGAACCAUUUAUAGAGGGCGUUUCUCUUGCUGAAACAGAACAUUCUAUUAUCCAAAUCCUUCUUUUCAAAAUGGAACAUUCUGAUAAGAUAUGUAAAAACCAUUUAAAGCAUGGUCUGAAGGAAUAUAUAUUUUGAUAAAAAUGUAUACUUAAAGUAUAUUUAAAGUUGUUGCAUAGGGUUACCUAAAAGGAAAUAAAACUACUUAUUUUUGUCGUCAAAUGUUAAGAUUAGUUAGUACAUGUUGUUUUAAGCGUUUAAUUACACUUUUGAUAAAAACAUCACAAUGUUUGGUCGAAUGACUUUACAUAAAUAGACACACACAAUAUGUCUUUUUAAUUAGAGCAAUUAAAACGGUUCUGGUCAGCUUAUGUUUAGGAGUAUACAUCGUACUUAAAAUAUUAUUAAAUUCCAUGAAGACACUAUUUCAAUAGAUUACAGCUGUGUUUCUUUUUAUGUACCAAUUGUUGAGAGUGACUUUAUCUUAUUUAAGUAUGCUCGUGUGCCCUAAAAUAUUCCUGUUCCCUAAUAAUAUUGGAUUGGAUUUGUAAACAAGACUUAAAUUGUUAAACAAGUAUAAUGGGUUUGUCGAACUUUGGUUGAAUAUGG